UAAAAGAACCAUUUUCUAGCAUCAAUUCAUAUUUGUUUCCCACAUCAAGAAACAGUGUCAUUCCUCAACAUAAAGGGCCGGUGUAGGCUGGUCUGAACUGGAGAGAUAUGAUGGAAAAAGUAUCCUGAUGGUUAUGGAUGCAUCGGGGCUCCCUCUUGUUUUUGAUGUACUGGACCAAGGCUGGUCUUUUUGCCUGGGCAGUACAGACCCCGCAGGAGGAGGGGGCUCAGGAGCCAUGAGGACUUUGCACACAAUAGUGAAGUUGCUGCAGAGAUGCAUGGACGCUCCAGUGUAUGGUGGGAUGCCCUGCUAACCCCAAAGACUGAGGGCCAAUGACAAGAUCCUGCACAGGCUGUUGCACCAGCACAUUCUCAAACAGGGAAACAAGAUACUCAACAUGGAGCUGUGGCCCCAGGCCCUCAGAGUCUGGAAGCCCCUAAAUCAGAAAGGACCUCCAGCCUUCAGCCUGCGCUGGCCUCCAAUACACUACUGUAAUGUCUGUAUGAGAUGCUCCUUCCCCAGGCAGCUUCAGAAAUGGAACUACAACCUAAGAAACUGAUUGAGGAAACUUUGGGGAACUACAUGCACUGCAGCAGUUAGCUCCUGGUGCAAGGCAGUCUUUUACUGUGAAGACAAGUGUUUCCCAGCACAUGCUGAGCCAAACUGGCUAGUUAUAUGGACCAUGUGGCCCAGCUGGCAGACCUGCUGUUCAGCUAAGCAGCAGAAGUCACAUCAGAGAACUUUUUGGAAGACCUCCUGUUCAAAAAAAAAAAACUGGUUAGCAGCUACUGGGUGCACUGGAGCCUACUGGUGUGCUCUCCCCAGCCUCAGAUCAUCCCCAUAGAUACCUACUGAAACUGGUUGAAAGGUUAGUACAGUCCAGUGUGACUCAGUUACUGAAAAAGUGCAAGAAAACCCCCCAAAAAACAAUUUCUUACCUUUCUUUUUUUACCCUAACCUAUACAGCUGCUCACUCAUUAGCAUACUAGUCAAUAUAAAAUUCCAGAAUAGUUAGAAAAGAAAAAUUAACCUGUAAAGCACUUAGCAUACUAGAUUCAAUGGGAUAAGAAUAUAGAGUUCUAUAAACAUUGUGUGUUGAGGGUACAGCAAUGCCUGUGAGCCUCUGAAACAGGAAGCAGCUGUGUUGAUAUAUGGUCCAGACCCCCCACAACCCUCCCCACUUCAAGAAACCACUCAGAAGUGUCAUGGCAACAGGACUUUGAAUGGAGAGGCCUCAGUCUGUCCUCUUCAGUAGCUCCUCAACUCAGCUCUGCUCUCUCCAUCUACUACAUCAUCACUUCGCUGGUGUCAAAGCAUUGAACUGUCGGUGCUUCUGCCACAUGUGACGCUUGAACUGGUGUUUGUGGGUAGGCAUCUGCUCUCCUGGAGUGAUUAAGUGCAGCUCUUCAUCUAGAGAAUGUUGCUUGGAAACACAGACUGUGAAGUGAGCUAUGUUUCCAAAUGCCAACAAUAAGCUUGAGGACAUCAUUGGUAGCAGUGGGGACAACCUCAUGUCCACUCUCCUGCUUGUUCAGAGUCUCUGUGAGUCAUCUCAAGGUCUCUGUACAACAAAGAAUGGCAGUGUCUGCUGCCACAUCAGAAAGCUGACAGUGGGAGCAUCAGGGUCAAAGUUUACCGCAGCACCUACCACAUGCUGCAGGAGCCUGAGCCUGACCUGGUCAUCAGUGAGUGUCGUCUGUCUGGCGACUUUCAAAGGACUCAAAGCUUGAUUCCUAUGUGUGAAUUUGCAUGUGAAAUAUGUUGUCUGCUGUUGAAUGGUGGGAAGGAAGCCAGAGUUCCCUUUCCUUCAACAAACAGCCUUUGUUUGUGAGCGAGUGUUUUAUGAUCUCCAUAGAGUGUGUGUGUGUUGACAGGUUUCAAGCCUGCUUUUGUGUGUAAUGACUCUUGGUUCGCCACUCUUCUCAAACUCCAGGUAAUAAAUACAAUAAGCACACAUCCGCACACUCACUUCCUCUCCACUGACCACACUGUAUUACUACCAGUCAUGUUACAGUCUGCUGACACACCAAAACUGCUCUCAUGUCAUGACCUCAAUGCAAAGUGUUGCACCAAUAUUGCUAAUUAGCAUGCCUCUGCUAAAUCUUUUUUUAUGUCAAGCUGUCUUUUUGAUUUUAGCAUUUAACUAUUCAGUUUUUGGGGUGAAGAAGUUCCAACCCCCCCUAAAACCACAGUGUGUUUUGUGUUGUUUUUACAUUUCUCUUUAGAGAAAAAGAUUACAUAAAUGAGACACAAUGUGAUAAUUAGUGAGCUGUAGAUGGUGGUAGGUGUAUUUAAAAAACAACUUUGAACAGAGCCAGACUAGCUGUUUCCCCUUGCUUCCAGUCUUUAUCCUAACCUAGGCUAACCACCUCCUCAUCCAGACCUGUACUUAACACAAAGACAUGAGAUUGAUAUCCAUCUUCUCAUCUCACCCAUGCUGUUGUUUACCUCUCAGUUCAUUCCAUAUAUUGGUCACAAGAUGUGUUCAGACCAACUGCUAAGCAAAUUUUUGCCUCCCGUCAUUUGCAUAUAUUUGACUGCUGUACCAGUUGUAUUGAUUAGACGCAAACAGCCAAAAUACCAUCUGUAUGUUAGCUGUAAGUUAGCUAGCAGCGGACACACUGAUUGUGUCUGUUGGAGUGUGUCUUUGUGUUUAUCUUCAGUUCAGACUGAACUCAGAACUUGCCAGAAAGUCUAAUUCUUUCUGUUAUUUUCCCUCCAGUCUCUCUCCUUUUUCCUCUCCUCUCUGUAUGUGUGAAACACAUUCAUAAUGCUAAUUAUGCAGUAUCUAAAAUUCACUUUGUAUUCUGUCUGAACACACAAUAACACUGGCUGACAGUGUCUUCCUUUGUGUUCAUGUCAGUCUCUGGGGGUUCCAGCCUUCUUCUGUGAGAUCAGUGCGUUGAGAUGUGAGAGCAGUUGGCAGGUGAUGAACAUGGCCACAAGGGGCGCUGUCUCCCCACCAACCAUCAACCCCUUCCGCUGCCCCCCUGCGCAUCAGCGGAGGAGACAACAGGCUGCCGUGGUAUUCCAACGGCUUCAUCUUCCACCUCGUGUACAAGCCUUCAGUAAACGUUGAGCACCUGCGCCCUGCAUUGCAACGGAAUGAGAACUGAAUGAGCUGAGAGUGGAUCCAGGAUGGAGGACCGGCAACAACAGGAGGUAUAGAAGCCUGCAGUAGCCUGGCAUAGAGCUCAUGGCCCAACAUGACCUACAUACUACAGAGCUUAAUGGACGCAUCUCCAGGACAUCUCUGCUGUAUGGAUACAUUAGACAGUAAAUGACGCGGCGUUCAACCUUGUAACACAGUAAUAAGUGACCUUCAUUUUUAUUUGCUACUGCAGAACUAUGCAUAACAAGACACGUGAAUGUGCAUAUGACUGAACAAAGAGAACCGUCCAUGUCCUAUGCAAAAUAAGGGAACAAGACCAACUGCAUGAUAAGUAUGGCGCGCUAGAUGUUUUGCUGACCUUCUGUAACGCUCUGGGGUCAGAGUGGAAAUCAAAGGGAAAAAUUAACCAAGCAGGUGGCCUGAGGCUUCUGGAUAUUACUCUAUCCCUGACAUUUUCUCUCAGUACAAUACUGCUGAACAAUACACCAGCUCUGCUCUUUGGAUUAUCCUACAGCUCACAAGGCCUGGGAUCAAAGGUCUGAAGAAGAGCUGGGCUGAAAGGUCUUUUCAAGCCAGAGCAGCCUGUAGAUGCCUUUUGCACUCAAGAGUAAGAGAUUGUACUGUAGUGAUCACUAAUCAUGCUGUGAUCAGCAAUAAAGUCAACAGCUAAGCAAUACAAACUGAAGUGCAUUCCAAAAUAAAUCCAAAUACAUGUUUAUUUUGCAGUCAUCUUUAUAAACUGUCACCAUUAUGCUUCUGAACUGUCAUCAGCCAUUGCCUCUUUUGAGGCAUACAGACGUACCACCUCGAGUCAUAGAAAACUUCAUCCUCACCGGCUACCGCUUCCCAAACUACAGCCUGAAGGAUUGCUUACUGUCAGCAUUCAGGCCUACCAACGAAACUGGGAACUUCUGGACGCACUUCCUCCCAGUUUUCAUUUUUUCAUACUAUUUUGUGGAGGUGUUUGGUUGGGAAGGUGCGCCACAUGGUGACGACCCGUUCUUCUAUCCGCUUUGGAAUUAUUUUAUCGGGGUGUUCUGUCUGCUUAUGGCUAGCAGCAUGGCCCACCUGCUCAACUCAAUGUCUCUUGUGGUAAGAGAAGUCUGCUUCUUUGUGGAUUAUGGCACUAUCAGCUCCUACACGGUUGGCUCAUCAUUGGCGUACUACUACUACAUCCACCCUCGUGCAGGAAUAGUGGAGACAGGAGGCCAAAAUGACUCCCAUAUAGACUUGAAACAUGAACCUGCCCAUUCUCCCACAUCACCUUAUGCAAUACCAGAGUUCAGCGUGUUUUUUGAGACCCUCUACAUUCCGAGUGCAUGUGUUGUAGCAAUCAUUUGCGUCUUAUCUUGCUGUAAUACUCGCCAGAGGUGGAGAAAGUAUCGGUAUGUCAUCCGGACCCUUGUUUUCCUCCUCCCAUUCCUCGUCUCCUCCACGCCAGUUUUCUACCGCCUCCUCACUAGAUCACCUUAUUCCACCACCUCCUCCUCCUUCGCUGCUUCCACCUCCAUGCCCAGCUUCUUCUAUCGUCACUGCCUCUGGCUGCUGGUGUCAGCCGUCUUCAACAUCAGCAAGUUCCCCGAGCGCCUAGCCCCAGGUCGCUUUGACAUCUGGGGGCACAGCCACCAGUGGUUCCACUGCUGCACGUUUUUGUCUAUCCUCGAUGAACUCCACAUGAUCAAGACAGAAGUGAGGGCCAUCUUGCUCAGCCCGAAUCUACUGCUGCCCCCUGCCACUCUCUCGCGUCUACCCGGACCCACCAUAGCGUCCACCUACGGGGUUAUGUUCCUCCUCCAGACCACUAUCAUCUCCAUCAUUGUAUGGUUCUCCUGGCAUGCCAACUGCAUUUACGGACCCCAGAGAGACCAACUAGAAAAGGAACACCUCAAGAAACACUUGAAAUGUCACUAAUCGCAAAGAAGAUGCUUUUUUUUUUUUUUUUAACAAUCUCUACUGUGAAGGAAGAUUUGCACAUGCAUACAGAGCCAUGCCACAAAGAAAAGCGCACAAGAAACAAUAUUUCCCUUCUUAUUUCAUGUUCCUCACAUGUCCCUACCCUGUUUGAGAGCAGUUUUCAAGCUCUCAUGAGGGGAAAUUGGGGACAAAGAGAGAUGAGAGGAUUAUAUUCUCAGCUCACCACAGGGUGUCUGUCUGGUUGAGUGGAUAUUGGAGGACCUUGCCAGUUUUUUCCCCUGACCUGCUCCAGCAUGUCUGAGCAGUGGGGAUAAUAACUACCUCUAGGGACUCUACACUUGAGGACAGAGGAAAGGUUUUGUACCCAGGACAACACAUGUUCCAUAUAACAUUUGGGUAAUGUGGCUUAAAUGUCAGCAUAACCAUUUAUAGAAGCUGCUGAUGUGUGCUGUCAAGUCCUCCUCUUGCACUUCCCCUUCUGACCUUAAAUGGUAUCUUUACAAAAUUCUCUGCUGUGUUUUCAGUUGAACGCCCAGUGUAGUUCAUUGUUUCAUGUCUUUACCUUCUCUUCCUCUGACUUACAUGGACACAGUCUCAUUUCCUCUCUCUUUCCAAGUGACCCAUGUAACAGGAAGUGUGGUGGCCUUGCAGACGUAACAGAAAUAGCUGAGAGCUCAUAUCAGUGUUACAGUAAAGCACUUUCAGGGGGUCGGUUUGACUCACCCUGUCAUUAAGAAGCCAUGCUUGCUUUCCAACCUUAAAGGACGCUAUAAUUUGUGAAGCAUAUAAUGAUGUCCUGCUGAAAUGUUUUGUAGGUCCACUUGGGUUAUUUAGAUUUGAAAUGUAUUCAUGGUGCAUGGAAUACAUCUGCUGUAUGUAUGGUUUCCAUUACACUGAUGACUAGUUCCUCUUAGGUUAUUUUCACAUUGCUUGAAGUGCUCUAGUUCAGAUUACAUGUGAUGCAGUCCUGACUUUUUCUAAUCAACAUGACAGCAUAGUGGAAUUUAUCUUGAGCACAUGGAUGUGGGACACACUUUGUACACACAUCUUUUGCCUGACAGCUCAUGUAAGUGAAAUCAUUUCAAAACCUGAUCUGAGCAGCAGUUCCUGUGUGAAGGCCCGCAUUGUGAACAUAGAUGAAAUGAGGACGAUGAAAUCAGAGUCUGCCAUACACUGAGGCUUUUCAUGUCAUGUGAUGUAUAGUAAAUCCUUAGAAAAAAAAGCCAUAGCUUGGAAGAGUGAUAGUUGAAAUAAUGGCAAUAAUGUAGUUGUACUACAUCAUCAGGAACUUCCUGGAUAGAUUUGCACUUGUGAGAUAGAUGCUCUAAAGUUCACCUAACCUUAGUUUGUGCCUUUUAUGUAUUACCAUUAUACUCAAGUCUAAUCAUUUGUUUUUCUGGAUGGUUAAUUCUUGAUGACCUCUGUAAAAGUGGUAAUCACAUAAUUUUUUAAUCCUGUGUACAAGAGUUUUUUUUAAAAAAAAUCAUCUUGCAGUGCUAGUGGGGAUUUAUACUUUUCUUUCCACAGAGAUAAAAAAAAUAUACAUAUAUUCAGUCUGCUGCCCCUUUAAAAGGUUCUCAACCAGUUUCCCAAGUUGCACCCUUAUUUCCUAACAACGAUAAUCAAAAUAUCCUUGCUCAGUUUGUCUGAAGUGAUGCUACUUUCUAUUAUUUUUUAUUUCAUAUUUUCAUAUUAAAUAAACUAUUAUAUUUAUCUGGUGUUGUACAAAAGGGGCAAGGAUAUACAGUAUGUCAUUUCUGGCUUCAUGGAUUAUUAAAUAUGGUUGCAAUUUAGGAAACGGGAUUAAAAAUCUUUUGAUUGGGGUAUUGUGGAUAUACUGUAUUUUCGGAUGGUGGUGGUCCAGAAGUGUCGUUACAUGAUCUGGGUGUAUCAGAGUGCACAGAUUCUCAGCGUUGUGACUCAAUUGUAAUGGUAAUAUAUAAUUAGCACAAACUGGGGCUAUGGUUCACCUGAUAGAUUAAAUGCUAAUCUCACGGGAGAAACUACCAUAUCUUUAUUCAAUUUUGAAUUGCAUGAAGCAAGGUUUAGCCUUAUUGUUAGCAAUUACUUUACAUGCUUUAUGAUCCUGCCUGCACAAAUGAGUGUUUGCUAACAACUCUUAGCCGAAAUAUCCGUCCAGACGUCUGCUGCUCUGUUAUUCCCUUGUUUUUUCAAUAUUCCUGCUAACCAACCCAAACCAGACAGGACAAUAUUCAAACUUGGGGUGGGUUUGGAUUUGGUUACUUCAAAUGCAAUUUACUUAGAAAUUCUCUUUUUCUCUCUCUUAAUGUGCCAAUGGUCUGUGUCCAUGUGUGUUUCAAGUCAAUGCCAGAAGGCAUUUGUUAGUCUGGCAAGCUAGUGGUCAGUAAUGGAUAAAAUACAUCAAAAAUAUAGUUUUGGGUCAGUACCAGUUAGGUUUAGCCAGGUCAGCUCUCAGUUAUAGGCCUGUGCAGAGCUCAAAACGAAAAUCAAAAAAACUACAUUGAUCAGCACAUGAAUGAUGAGCAUUGUGUGGUCUACAAAAUUCAUAGACACCUUAAGUUUGACAAAACAGUUCUACUAGCAACCAGACGUUUUUCUUUCUGCUUUGUCACACUUAGCCACAGGUUCAGUUUUAUCUGAACUACGUUUUCUGCCCUUGACAAAAAAAACAAUGUGUUUGGACCAACCUAAAAAAAUAAUCCUUUGCUCUGAGUUUAUUUGCACAAUGAAAAUGGACCAUGGCCAUCAGCAUCUAAAGAGGGUUGAUUUGAGAUAAUGUGUGUUUUCUCGGUGUGUUUUCAUGUUACACUGUCAUGUUCUUGUUGACUUUGUCCUGUCAUGCUAUUGUGCAGUCAGUCAGCUCAUGUUGGUCGCUGUCUUAUUACGGAAAUUGUAUGAUUACCACUGUAUUAGUUCUAUUCAUAUCUGAAAAUUGAAUCUGAAUGUUUAAUUGUGUUGCACAAGAGAAAAUAAUUAGAGAAGGACGACACUGGAAUGAGUAAACAAGGACCAUAUUUGACUGGUUGUGAUAAUCAUGCUGUUAUGGUGCACUUUAAAGCUUCUUCAGAGCUCCUCACAAUGUUCCUUUAAGGGUCAACCCUACAGUACUGUAUUAUUUCAUCACAUUUCAGGUUUAGGUAGUGCUCUCUAACACUAACAAAGAGAGAUUUAUCAGAUAACAACACAUCCAUUGUAGAAGCAAUGUUUCUACCUCAAUAGAACUUUUGUGUUGCUCUGUCAGUGAGAAGAAGCAUCAUUGAAACAGUUUUUUGUCCCUCCACCUGUCUAGACUGUGGAUGCCAGACUUGAAUCUAUUAAUGUUUAAGCAGUGUUAAGUAUGUGAAUGUUAGACCGACGGACUACUGUAUCUUAUCUAGUGAAGUACUCAGGGGUGACUGAAGAACGAAACUAAUAAAUUACAGUAUUCACACAUGCAUUUUGAAUUAUGAUUUUCUAGACGUGGAGGAUAAUUGUAGUUCACAGUAUCUGUUAUUGCUGAAAAAGUGAAAACCCUCCUCCAUUAUGUUAGCUGAUGUAUCAAAGAGCACUAAUAUGGAUGAUUUGAGUUUUAUUGAAUAAAUUAUGUAGAGAACUGUCA